UCCCCGCUUCACCAUUCGGUGCUCGGACUCAUUUCCAGUGCAGGAGGGGGAGAGGGAGAGCGGGAGAAGAUGGGGGUGAAGGUCUAUGGCGCAACCAUGUCCACGUGCACGGCACGUGUGCUCCUGUGCUUGGAGGAGAUGGGGGCCGAGUACGAGCUGGUGCCCAUCGACUUCUCCACCGGCGAACAUAAGCAGCCCGCUCACCUCGCCCGCAACCCCUUCGGCCAGGUGCCUGCCUUUGAGGACGGUGCUCUGAUUCUCUACGAAUCUCGAGCAAUUGCAAGAUACAUUCUUCGCAAAUACAAGUCCUCUGGUGGUGACCUUUUGAAGGAGGGUAGCUUGGAGGAGUCAGCCAUGGUGGAUUUGUGGUUGGAAGUGGAAUCCCAGCAAUUCAACCCAGCCAUUGGUCCCAUCUUCUACCAAAUCUUCAUCUUCCCUAGGUUUGGAAAUGUCCCGGAUCAGGCGGUCAUCGACACCAACUUGGAGAAGCUCUGCAAGGUGCUCGACGUGUAUGAGGCCAGGCUCUCAAAGACCAAGUACUUGGCUGGAGACUUCUUCAGCCUUGCCGAUCUCAGUCACGUACCUUUGCUCCAUUACUUCAUGGCCACCCCUCAUGCAUCCGUCGUCAAUUCGCGCCCGCAUGUCAAGGCAUGGUGGGAGGGCGUUUCGUCGAGGCCGGCGUGCAAGAAGGUGACCGCUGCCAUGCCUGCAUCUGCAUGAAAGGAUCAGUUGGUGGCCAUGGAGAUCAGAGGAAAUGAAUAAAUUGUCUCUCCUUUAGUUGUUGGUCUAAGUUGUCUGUGUUUUGGUGCGUGCCAUGUUGUGAGUCCAAGUCUCCUGAAGCACUUUUUUGUGCUUAGGAUGGCAUGUUGGAAAAUAAAAUAUGUUGUUAUCUAUCUUUUCUUGCAUCCACUUUGAGUUUCUAUGCAUUUUGAUCAUCCUGUUGACAAAUAUGUGCAAAUGUAUCCUUUUCUUUUUCUUUUACUAUUAUGUAAGAAAACAUUGUGGGAAUGAGAUCUUGGGAGUUUGAAUCUGAAA